AUGGAUGGCGCCCAAGCUGUAACAUUAAUGCAAUUCAAUACAUUGAAUGAACUGGAACAAACGAAAAAUCGGCGAGCUGGUGGCACAUCAGGCCUUUAUGCUUUUCCACGUGUCGGACGCAGUGAUCCAAGUCUAACAAUCGGCAAUGUUCACAAUACCGAAGCGGAAAGUGCUGCUGCGGCAGCAUUUGAUGCUCUCUAUGCGGGUUCAUUCGAAGACUAUGAAGAAUAUCCCAAAUCCGAUUUGAAACGUGCCAGCCUAUUUAAUGCCCCACGGGUUGGACGCAUGGAUCCUGAAGUCCGUAAAUGGGCACGAUUUUUGGCCAUGCAACAAUCUUUGGAUAAAAGAGCUGGUCCUAGUGCCACAACUGGUGUUUGGUUUGGACCACGAUUGGGUAAACGUAGUGUAGAUGCCCAAAAUGUUGACAACACCAAGGGACAAAAGGAAAUGUAUUAA